UACAACAGGUGGCGGUAGUUCACCCUCAAGCUGCACGUCAACUGCCCGACAUACAAGAAGAAGUAGAAUGGCCAAGUCACGUGGUUUGGGCUCUGAAUCAUCCUUCCCAAGAUGGCCGUCCACCUGGUUCGUCGGUGGUGAUCUGUGUUAUUGUUUUCUGCGCAGUUUAGGAAAAGCUGAGGACAGUAUCGGACAGGGAGACAGCUGUCGGUCCUGAUGUCCACCGAGGAGCUGUCAGCCUCGGACAGUGAGGGCGGGCUGGCUGGUGCCGGGGAGCGCUGGGCGCCGGUGGGCGCUGUGGCCAGUCCGGAGGAGGAGAGCGGGAAGCCGAGCGGCGGCCAGCCGGGACAGAGAGCCUCCGCGGCGCCCACCGAGGGGCAGAUGGCCUUCAGGCUGAAGAAGCUGGAGGAGGAGCAGGAGCUGCUGAACUCGUCUCUGCUCGCCCUGACCUCACACUUCGCUCAGGUUCAGUUCCGCCUGAAGCAGAUCGUCCACGCGCAGAGCGAGGAGAAGGAGAGGAUGCUGGCCGAGCUGGAGGAGUUCGCCUUCAGGGGCUGCCCGCACGUGGUGGGCUGCAGGGCCGGGGACCCCACGCAGGUGGAGAACACGGCUGAUCUGAGUGAGAGAGAAAAGAGGGAGCGCCUGGAAGCUCAAAGAGAAAAACAGAAGGAUCUCAUUUUCCAACUGAAGACCCAGCUGGAUGACCUGGAGCGCUUUGCAUACCAAGAGGGCAGCUAUGACUCUUUGCCGCAGUCGGUGGUGAUGGAGCGGCAGAAGGUUAUCAUUGACGAGUUGAUCAAAAAGCUUGACGUGAACCUGAACGAGGACAUCGGAAACUUGACGCCGGAGGAGCUCAGACAGCGAGUGGAUGCAGCCAUUGCUCAGAUCGUGAACCCAGCCAGGGUCAAAGAACAGCUGGUGGAACAGCUCAAAACCCAGAUCAGGGAUCUGGAGAUGUUCAUCAACUUCAUCCAAGAUGAGGUUGGGAACCCACUUUUGUCAGAUGGUGAAAACAUCCGUCAGUCAGAACCAGCUGGGACCCGUUCCAGAGGUCCUGGGGUGAAGAAAGUGGACACAGAACAAGCCCAGAGGAAGCGAGAGACCGGGUUGCAGCUGAUCCAGAAGGCCCUUGCAGUGCUGCAGAUCUUCGCUGCCAGCCAGUUUGGCUGCGCGACCGGCCGCGUUCCCCAGAGCAUGUGGCCUCAAGACUCGACGGGCCAGGACUAUGGACCGCUGCUGCAGCUCCUGGAGGCGACUGUUGAAAAGGUGCGAGUUCUGGCAUCGUGCAGGCAGCCUUCUCUUGAGCAUGUUGUCAACUACACCAGCAACUCGGCUCUGAGGCCCCGAGAUGAGCUGACGACGUCCGUGAGGAAGGAGCUGUCCAUGGCGCUGAAGGAGCUGCUGGCUCAUGGUCUCUACAGUCCGUCUCAGGCCGUCAGCCUGGUCCUGGCUCCCAUCUCCUGCCUGCUGCCUUACCCAUCAGCCCCACAGCACAUGCACCCCUGGGAACUCUUUGUUAAGUACUACCACUCCAAAAAUGGGCCGGCUUUUGUGGAGUCACCUGCCCGCCAGCUCUCACAAUCCUUCAGCCUGCCUGUAGGGGGCGGCCCGGUGACUGUCACUCCCAAACAAUCGCUGCUCUGGGCCAUUCACACAGUUCUGAAAGAGCACGGACGCUACAAGCGAGGACCAGAUACGGAGUUGAAAGCCCUGGUGUGCAUGGCUCUGAACGAGCAGCGCCUGGUCUCGUGGCUUAACCUGCUCUGUAAGUCAGGGACACUGAUACACCCACAUUACCAACCCUGGAGCUACAUGGCCCAGACCGGCUUUGAAGGCGCCCUGCGCAUCCUGGGCCGGCUCAGCCACCUCAAGUUCAACCUGCCCGUAGAUCUGGCUGUUCGGCAGCUGAAGAACAUUAAGGAUGCUUUCUGAAGUGGCACCAAAAUUCUGUCAAUCAUACAUCUACAUGUAAUGACCAAAACUACCUAAAAACCGAGGUGCACGGUUCUAACGUCUGCGGUAAAAAUGCAUGCCUGAUUGUAACGUCUUUGUCAAUCAGCUUCAGCCAAAAACUACUACGAGUUGCAUAGUUAGCAUAUGCAAACAUGUGGGUGACAACACCAUCUGUCCAGUCAACAUGCCUUAGAAUGGGGAUUUAGAGAAUCUCAUCUCCAGCGGAGCAUUUGUGACCUUUGUGACCUUUGCUCGUGGACUUGUUCCCCUGUGUACACCAUAGUGUCCUGACCUAUGCAGCAGAUGUGGGAGUGGCUAGGCUGUGCACUAAUAUGUGUUAUCAUGUGACUGAUGACAGAUCUCGACUGUUUGUAGCGUAUUGGUUGUUCAUGCAGUCCUCAGAUCGACUUGAAAUCAGUGCUUUUGUUACGAGCGUGGCUACAGGUAGGAAACUGGUAUCUGAUGUGGUGGUAACUACAGGUACGAGACAUCUCCUUGCAUUCCCAGCGGGAGUACCGCGUGUGUGGUGCUACAACAGAACCUGGUAGUAUUUUUUUUUCUAAGUCCCGCCCACACACGUUGGGUUCAGGGUGGGUGGUACACCAGUGUCAUUACUGGUGUGAUAGUGUUUAUUCCACAAUAAGGAUUGUGCAAUAGGGUCAACCGUAUGGGCUGAGAAGGUACUGCAGGUGGGCCGUGAGACUUCCUUCAAUAAAUAAACACAACUUUGAUUUUAAGUUUUGUAAUAAA